UUCACAGCCUGCAUCUCUCUCUAUUAUGUCCUCUGUCUUUGUCCUGUACAUGGCAAUUUUUAGUUUAUGAACAUUCUUGCGAAUUAUUCAUUCAUUAUACGAAAGGACUGCUGCCGUGUCACAUUUGGCAGCCAAGUGCUUUUUGUCGUUACCGCGCGUGCCAGUGUGGCCCUUGAUACGCUCUAUUAGCUCUAUUACGCCGAAUGCCACCUUUCACUGCCAUUCCUGAUUCCCAAUCUUUACCAUGGCGUAUUAACAAGAAUGACAAGGUGGCAAAUGUCCUCAGUCUGAUCAGCGGAUAAGGCGGGUUGUUGGGAUGUCGCACGGACAGUCUUGCGUUACGUCGCACGCUCCAAAGUCUCAGGCGUGGAGAAGGAAGAGGCUGACGUGACAUGAGACCUCAUCACUCUGGUCCGGCCUGCCAAUAUGGCCGCAGCAAACUCGAACCUUUCAAACUCUAGAGAUGCCUUUGGCUUUUCGCCCUCUUCAGUUACUGGUGAUGUUACUACGCCCCAUGGUCGAGUCGACACCAUUCGGAGGAACGAAAGCUAUGAAAGUGCAUCCGCCGAUACGAGUUGCGCCCCCACCACCUCUGUAAAACCUCCGGGAGGGCCUGAAUGUGCCAUGAGUCCGCCACGCGAACCCAGAUCGAUGAGGCGCAUGAUCACACCUCCGCCGAUUUGCAGAGGGGACUCUUAUAGACCGACUGAACCUCGUGAAUCUCGUCCGAUUUCUUCGUACGAUUCCUAUCGACCUGCCGAACGUCGCUAUACCCACGAAGCGGGGAGUCGAAAACAGGUACAGGCGCCUGACCGUUAUAGACCUGCGCCUGACCGCUACAGUGACAAGUCUCAUCACACGGACACACUAGAGCCCCCACAGGAACUUGUACAUGGCCAACGCACAAGUGUGAGACGUCAACCACAAGGACAUGAAAAAGAACAGCAUGGGCGAGACAGCGACGUCAUGAGGGAAUUAGCUGGGCCUACUCCUUUGCGUGCUGAUGCCUCCCAAGUGAAGCCAAAAAGUUCGGCGAACAAGAUACAGCGGUCUUUCAGCCCGGUCCAGCCCCUUGAUGGCUGGCCAGGUAGCGGAGGACGGAGCAUUGCUCAGAAUAGAGACAGACCAGCAGAUAGACGUGGCGAGGGACUUAUAAAUGAUGGUGGACCUGAUCUGCCACUGUUCGAGGAGAAUCGCCCGACUGGAGUAACAUCUCCUCAGGGACUUGCCUGUGUUGCGGGCUCCUUGACUCAAAAGGGACGUCUGGUGGCAUCAGAGAAAGGCGACCUGGCGGAUCUCUCUGAAAGACACAGCACCCCAAGACAUGCGAAGGAGUCUACCGGGAUCCAGACCACCCGCCUCGCCAACGAGGAGACUGCGUCCAACUCCUCAACAGUGACAUCGCGAAGCAAGAGGGUCUGCAAAGGUUGUGGAGCGGCAGGCAGCGGACUAGCUCCGCUUGUACCUUGCAGCAGAUGCCGCAAAGGAUACCAUGACCGCUGUGGGACUCCCAGGCCGCAGAGCAGUGCUAGAGCGGAGGACUUCGUUUGCGGGCGUUGUCUGCGCAGACAGUCGCGCGAGACUCCCGGCAAGAGCGAGUUGGACAGCAGCCGCAGCAGCGGCAUCAUCGUCCAUCGUCACUCCCCUCUAAGCGUACACCCAUCUAUGCCAUCUCUUGCGGCGUCGAGUCUACUGAAACUUGCCUCGAUCGAUUUGCUUGGCACGCGAACCCAGAAUGAAAUCGAGCAGGAUGAGGGCGCGAACACGCCCCCCAAGCUUGAAGAGGAGCCCAAGCCUACAUGGGACAAUUCGCCUCCAGCGAUAGUAGGCAGUGAUAGAAGAACAUCUUCCAUUUCUGCCGAUGCAAUGCAGGGUACUCUCUACAAGCAUAUGACAUGUCCGCAUUGGAAAUACACCAGCUGUCUGUUCGCAGAAGCUCAUUGCCUCUACGCUCACAGAGAAACUGGCCGCGUCGCGCCCUAUGGAGACUCACCAGCGAGGGACUUUACCUGCCCAGGAUGGUUUCAGGGACAGUGCCGCAGGAGUGCGUCCGAAUGCAAUCUUGCUCACAGAGACACAGGUCUAUACAUCGGGCCAGAUGGUAAGCCAUCGCGAAAACAUAUCACGUGUUACUUCUGGAACUUCGCCGAUUGCAAGAAGCGCGAAGCAGAUUGUCCGUAUGCCCACAAGGACACCGGACUACUGGCCUGGCAGCCUUAUAGUGUCACGGAUGCACCCACAGGCGUAAACUCGCUGAGGUCUUACGAGUGUCACCGCUGGCAGAGUACCGGCAAAUGCCCAUGGCUUGACAGAGGAUGCCCAUACAUGCAUUCUGGGACAGGCAAGUCGUAUAAGGGUCUGUCCACAUCGUCAGAGGCCCAGAACAUUGGCGACGUUCACCCAAUACCUUGCGAUACUAGUUCUACUUCACGAUCAGGGGGAUUCUUACCGUCCUGGGCUGGGAAUUCACGGCCAACCCCCGUCUUCAUUGAACCAGCCAUUCCAGUCGGGACAAAAGAAAGUAAGCUUGAAAGCAUGGCUACUGCGGAUAAUGCCAGCAAAUCCGGAAUAGCCACCGUACAAUCUAAUCAUGCCUUGGCUAAUUCUUCAGCAAAUGGCCUUCACAUCCCAUCUGGAGGGGCUAGCGAAUCCACUAGCCAUCAAGAUGCCACGUCCGCAGACUCUUCCUCAAAAGCAGUCAGACACAUGGCGAAGAGGCGCGUUUCCUCAUUCGACCCGCGAAAAAUCGGUGCAGCUGGUGCGGUUAUUAAACCCGCUAGACCAGAAGCUUCAGGCCCAGAAGUGGCUCAAGGCUCAGAAUACAGUUCAACGUCGCGAGCAAAUGUGGAUUCUUGCAACAAGCAGGGAACAGGCUCUGAUGUUGACAUUUCAAAGCAGAAGUUGUGUGAAGGGUGCCAUAAGCCCAUCUUUGGAUCAAUCACCCGUUGCGUGAGAUGCUCAGUGAACCUCGGGCCCCCAAAGAAAACAAGUGAAGCCCCCGACGAGGAAGCGGUUGGUACUGAGCUCUGUAGCCCCCUGGCUUCCCAGCAGCAUUUCUCACAGGCCCCAGGAAAUCUGCGGUCUACGUCUCCACCAUCCCUCCAGCAGUACCUGAUGCCCAAUACCCUCAAAAGGCCACUGGCCGAAAAGGUGCUGUUCAUUCCGAGGAAGAAACCAAAGCUGUCUCAUCUGACCAUCGAGAAAGCCACAAAUUCCCUCCGGAGGACAACUGGAGAACUUCAACCGGGAUCCGCCAUUGGCGCCAUUGGGGUGGCUACGCCGCAGGAAAUACCUUCGUUGGAGCAGUUGACACUCAUGGGUUUGGUCGAACGUGACAGUGCGAGGAAAGAGACCGCUACCAAUACCAGAACGUUGGAACCGGCCGCAACAGGAGAGCACAUCAAGCAUGAGGAGGUGAUCGACGACAUGCGUAUUACAGACACGAUUGACGGAAAUCCCUCCGACGAGAGCCAGAUUGCAUUGACCAGAAUUACUGAAAUUCGACCUCGUAAGAGCCGGGCCGAUGCCCUCCAACAGGAUGACCAAGAGGAUGAUAAUAUCCCUCUCAUACAGACUCGCACAUUGCACAGGAUGACGGCUGAUGCUCUUGAAGACGAUGAGGAUGAUAAUAUCCCCCUCAUGCAAACUCGGAUAUCGCGCAGGAUGAUCGCCGAUGCCAUUCUAGAUGACGACGAUGAGGAUGAUAAUGUCCCCCUCAUGCAAACUCGGACGUUGCGCAGGAUGACGGUAGUAAGCAGGCCAGCUGUAACCAUGUCCGACAUCGAGUUUGAAGCCGACGUGCGACCGAAGGUAACGACGGGUCUCGACCAAAACAGUGAGAUGGAUUCAGCAGACAUUUCUGUGGUAUUCAGCGAGGGCCGGAAAGAGAGUGUUCUUUCGUCAACAACUCAGCCGAGUAUGACCGGCAGAGUAGGCUCAAGGUCAAACGAGGGUCAUGACUCUCCAGACGUGGCAAAGAUUCAUGAACCCGUGAUGGCCCUACCAGUUUCAAACUCAUCAAGCUGGCCCACUGGGGAUCGUGAGGAGGCUGUCGCCCGGUUGAAGGCACGAGGCGUCGUGUUUGAGCCAGAUUCGGAAUCUGAUGCGGAGUCAGGCGCGGAAGAAGACGGCAUCCGUUCAGUGUAUCAACCGGCCCAACAACGGGUCGACCCACUCUGGAAGCCGCAGCGAUCACUGAACCUCUUUGACCUCUUAGAUGCCAAGGAUCAUAAUACGCCCCCGGAAUUCAUACAGCCACUGAGGCAGGCACGACCUUCGAAGAAACAGCUCGUCGGCAACCUGCUCCAAUACCAGUGUCGAGAACAGAAAAGGAGAUUCGGCAAUCCUCAUCAGGAGGUGAACCGUCCUUUUGAAGACAUGGAGGUCCAAGCAUAUAUCCAGCGAGAGGUUCGGCAGGACACGCCAGAUCCAUUCGCAGUAGGCCGACUUGAAAAGAAGAUGGUGUCUAUGCCGAUGGUCGAGUUCCUUGGCAUGCCCAAGAAGCCAGUGGUUGCGCUGGGUAAAACAAAGGAUGAAUUGGUCUUCAUAGAAGGCAAAGAUCCGCGACCAGGUUGGCGUUCGCAUGGGUCCUUGAGAGCCAGGAGGAUCAAGGAGGAUGAAAAAUUCCCGUUUGUGUACAGGUGAUACGACCUGGGGCUGGAUUCUGACAGGGUUGAAUGGGCUGGGAAUUGUUACUAGUACCUAGGGAUACAUCGGCAUGGGGUGAAAAGCAGUGAAAGUUGGAGUUCAAGGCGACUAUGAUACCCCUUUGCGUGUCACGUUAAGGCGCCCGUCUUUAUGCGUGGACGCGACGAUGAUGAUGUUUGUUGUUUGCGCAGUUUGAGCUUAUGGAUCGCUCGAGUCUAGAUGAUUAACGGCAUAUUGUAUUUCUGCACCACUGCCCAACUUGUCUAGAGAAAAAACCACUCGAUAUUCCACAGCUUGUAUUCCCAAAGCGCCUAUAACACCCUACUUCGAAAGCACGGCCGGUGGAUACGGCCCUCAGAAGACAUAAAUGCCUCGGCCUGACCCGUUUGUGCAGAAAAUGAAGGAGAGGUCCGAGGCGGCUUAAUGGCCCAAGAUUAUUGAAAACUAUGACGAUAUGACGAUCAAUCAGUAAAAGAACGUUCUCCAAGCUGGUGCUUCUAGUAGGGGAAGACCAGCCUGAGGACCAGGAAUGCCGAGUUAGGCAGGGUUCAGCGGGAGUCGGAGGGAGUUGGAGCCCUUGAAAGCGAGUGGGCGUAGGUGUUGGGCGUGUGUGGUUCGAUUGGAUGUUAGCCGCUCACCUAUCCGGGCGCAUUUCCAGAAAAUGCCGGUGACGCUGAUUAUUGGAAACGAGAAAUAAAAUUAGCAAAAUGACAAUGACAAUGAUGGCGGAGCGUGAUCAGAGUUGAAAAGAAAAGAAAGAAAGAAAAGGAUUGGGAGAUGCGGUAUAUUCGUUUGUGUGUCUUCUUUUUCCUUCGCUUCUGCUUCUGCUUCGUAGCAGGGCAGCUUGUGGUGGACUGAAAGCAGAAGCAGAAGCAGAGCCCCGGAGAGGACAAACAGACAGGUCUGCAAUGGCAAGAGAAGAAACGCCGGACACAAGGAAUGAAAGCCAUCUUGGUGGAUAUUCGGAAGGAUUGGACGUCGGGAAGAAAGAAAAGGGAGGUGAUGUGGAUUAUCAGGGUGGAUUGAUAGUAGCAGUGAAGGAGGCACCCAACUCGGAAAGAACCUUCCUCCUUAGGCAAUGCCAGUGCCUGGCUGCUUGAUGCCUAGAACUUACCCGUCUUUAUUCCGAUCCAUGACGCUGGGGAACAUGGAGUGCACGUAUGUCGAGGUGCAUAUGAUCAAUAGGAUGACCAGCAGGAGAGAUUGGAAGUUGAAGAUGGCCGUCUAUAAUGCAUCCAGGUUGUUAGUGGUCACUGGUCAAUCGUUGACUAUUGUCCAGAAGUCGGGCGUGUUCUAGAGUCAAGGAUGGAGAUGGAUGUCAAAGGCUAAAGGUAAAGAGGCACAGUAGAGGUAGAGAGCAACAACUUGGAGCAACUUACCAUGG